UCAUCAGAUAAAUGUAAAAUGACAAAAGACACAAAUAUUAUCAACUAUAACUCGGUGGGAUUUGCAACAAGCGACUGUCGACGACCAACAGUCUGUUGGUACUGUUGAUGCUCACUAUAGAGAUUCAUCUCCCAUCCAGCAUCCCUUCGGUGGCGGUGGCGGCGGCGCUAGAAACGAUGGUGGUGAGGAUUGGGGCUUGGGGGGCAACAGGUGAGGCAUGCGCAAUACGUCCACAUCCUUUUUAUCGAUUCAUAACAUUCCCAUUCGACGAGCGGCGGCAAAUUGUUUGGAAACUUUGGGAUAAUACACGCGAAUACGCGAAUAUAUUUACAUAUGAACGUAUUGAGUCGGCGGCGGCGGCGGUGGCGACUAUUCACUCAUGCACAUAUUCAAUGCGCGCAUACAUUUUUAACGUCGCGACACUUUUCUUAUGCUACACGGGAAACAAACAAACAAAAUGACGUAAAAUCGUUACAGGAUGAGAUAAACACAAACAUAUUGUGAUAUCAUUCAUCCAAACAGGUGAACUAACGUAAUAACUUUCUGGAUUAUUCGCAAUUUUCGUGUUCAACUUUUUUGUAGAUAAUCGUUUACUAUAGGCAACCAACUAUUCAGUAUUGAACAUACUAACAAACAUAGUUUCAUUGGAGUUAAACGCGUUACAAGUGAAACAAAUUCACUGAAAAUUACUAAAUUUAAUCACUGUUUAUACUAAGUUUGAGUUAUUGCACAUUUUAACUGAAAUUCUUAACAUUGUCCAAUGUGAUCAUAGUGAUUUAAUGUUAUGCAACCAAAUACACUCAAAGUUUUUUUUAUGAUUUUUGUGUGGCGUGCGCAACGCAAUCAUGAAAAUCAACCAAAAAGUUGCAACGCCAAACGUUUUCUUUAUUUCCACCGCUUUUCCAUCGACGACAAUGUCGCCGCAACGAACAAAUAAACAACAACGCGACAUUUGGCGAUCGUCAGUUGUACGCGGCGCCGGCAACCCGUAUGUCCUAGUGCAAAAAUAAACAAAUAAUAACUCUAGUGAAGAUCGUUACUUACAAAAUAAAAAUUUAGCAUAAAUAUGUAACAAUACACAACAACAAAAUUUUAAUAUUGUUAAUGGACAAUAAAAACAUGGAUUUGAUAAAGAUGUGGAGUAAUUUGAUAGCGGCGAACGCAAUAUACAGGAAUAUAAAUUCCGAGGGUGUUUGCGCCCUGCCAACAACAUACUUCAUGCAAGGUGUGCACUUGUUCGCUUCGGAAAAUGCAUUGAAUUGCGACGUGUCCGAAGCGACGAUUUCGGAUGAUGAAUCUGACGCCUCCGAAGUCGAAGUCGAACCUGACAAUGAAAGGUAUUCGCAAGAUGACGUGAGUCUCGCAGAUUCGAGCAAAAGUGAUGAUCAACGCUCAACAACGCCGAGUUCAACGGUAUUACACAGUAGGAGACGCAUUCAACGGACCAGAUAUUCACGUGAAGAAUACAAAUGUCCGACUUGCGCAUAUACGUGCACAAUUGAGAAAGCUUUCUUUAAACAUCUGCGACAAGAUUGCGAGCAGGCAACGAACAGCGAAGGCGAUCCGAGAAUUUCCUGUCCGAUUUGUGGCAAGGAUCGUGAUUCGGAGCCGUUGUUGAUGGCACAUAUGGUCAAACAUCGCUGUGGGAAACAUUUCUGUUGUGAUUUGUGUAAAUUCCGCACAUUGCAGAUGAAAAAGUUAAUUCAACAUCGAAGAAUGCACACUGGUGAAAAACCACACCUCUGUCCAUACUGCUCGUAUCGUUCAGCAAGAAGAGACAACCUACGAUCCCAUGUACGACGUGUGCACAAAAAAGAAAAUCUUACCUGCGACACGUUUGCACCUCGCAACAUGAUCCUGCACGCCAGCUCUGCUUCAAUCCCUGCAACAGCUCACAGUUCUAAUGCAACCGUCCUCGCGUAAAAUGUACGUAUGCAAAAUAAACGCUGUAAAAGUCUGAUUAGAUUAAUUCAACGAAAAAACAACUUUUUACUGUGUGUAGUUUAAGAAAAGUCGUCCAUUUUAAAUUUCGAAAUAAAUUUCAAUGUCUAGAAUAUUGCUGAAAAUUUUGACGGCUCAAACAUAUAACUUAAUUCGAAACAAUAUUAAUAUAGUUAAGGAAUACUGUUGUCUAUUAUCAGUAAUCAUGUAAUGUUUAACGAUGCAUGUAAGUUUUUGGAUGUUUUUUGAACUCGUUAAGUUUUACAGAGGAUAUUUUCUGACGCAUUUUUUGAAGUACAUACAUUUGAAUAUAUUUAUGAGUAUUUGAAUGUGUAUGCGGCGCAACUGUUGCAAAUAAAUGUGCGAAUAAUUACAA